AUGUUUCAGAUAAUAUUUAUUUCUUUUAUUGGAUUUCCAUUAUUAGUACUAAGCCAAACGUGUAGUGGAACAGGUUGUCUAAAAUGUAUUGCUAGUGAAACGUGUUCGUCAUGUAAAGACUUAUAUGACCCUACAGAUAAUAGUUGUUCUACUUGUAUUUCAGUAAAUCCAUAUCAGGCUAUAACACCAACAAAUAGAUUAGUUGUUUUAGAAAAUGGAAUUUGUACGGACAAAACAAACCAAGUAAGAAAAGACUUUUCAGAUAUGCAAACAAUUACACCUAAUAAUCAACCAAUAACUUUACAAUUUUCUACAUCAACUCAAUAUUCUAUUGGACCUUGUUCUUUUCCUUUAAAUAAACAAAUCCAAUACAGAGGAUCAUAUUGGAUUAAAAUUGACUUAUCUUCUAUAAAGAGUACAGGUUCUCAUGGAAUAUUUAGCUUUAUAACCCCAUCAGAUGGUCCUGUUGUUGCAUUUGACCUUACACCAGAUUCACCUACAACAACUGACAAAAAGUGUUAUGCUCGACAAGAAAUUCAACCAGGAGGUGGAAAGUUAAUUGUUCCAUUAUCUAAAACAGAAUAUUAUGCAUUUGUCUCUAUUGAAGAUUUAACUACUUUUGAUGUGACUAUUUCAUUAGGGUAUACUGAUGAUUAUAUUAGUAAUCAACUUGAAUUAACUCAACAAGAGAUUUCUCAAUUAUAUAUUUCUAAUUCAUCAAUAUUAAAGACUUUUAUGAUAUCCUCAUCUGGUGUAUAUAUUAAUCCUAUUUGUGCACCAACAAAGUUAAUGAAAGGAUCAUUCUUUACUGUUGAUUUUGAAGGGAGUUAUAGUCUUCUUAUUGACACUACAACACAAAACAGAUAUUGUUAUCUUAUGGAAUAUACUACUGAAACUGAUUCUACUCAAAAAUGUGUUGAUUUUUGGGUUGGUGAUUGGUGGGGUAUUUGGUCUACAAGUGCCUAUUUAGAGCAAGGUCUUCGUGUUAGAAUUAAUGGAGAAGGUAGUAAAAAAAGAUAUUUCUUUUUAGGUACUAUUGAUCAUUCAAUUGAUAUUGAUGUUAGAUUUUCUACUAUUUGUCCAAAUCAGUGUUAUGAGUCACAAGGUAAUGGCAAAUGUUCUGUAAGAAGUGGAGUAUGUGUAUGUAAUGAUCAAUAUGGUGCAGAUGAUUGCAGAAAGUUGUGUUAUUAUAAUGGUAAAUUUUAUAAUGGAAAUGCAACAGUUAAUGGAGAUGAUAUGUGUUAUUUUGGAAGUGUAGGAUGUGACUAUGAUUGUAAAUGUAAAGAAUCCACUUUAGAAGAUCAUUAUUGUGUUAGUUCUGUAUGUAAAAAUAAAGAUUUCAAUGACGAUUCAGUCCUAUGUAUUUAUAAUACAAGUAAUUGUCUUCCUAAUUGUGUAUGUGCUGAGGGUUAUGUUGUUACAAGUGAUCAUAAAUGUAGAAUUAAGACAUGUGGUAAUUUAAUAUUAAAUGAAGGAGAAGAGUGUGAUGGUGGAACGAAUUGUGAUGACUAUUGUCAAUGCGUUGAAGGCUAUGAAAUUGAUACUGUUAAUAUUGGGUCAUGUAGAUCUAAACCAAUAGGAUGGUGGGUUUGGUUAUUAAUAGCUCUUGGGAUUGUAUUUAUUUUUAUUUGUUCUAUUGUAAUGAUUUUCUUAUUAAUCCGAUUUACAAAAGGGCAUAAGAUUGAUUUAAACGUUUUUAAGACACAACAACCAUCAUACCAUUAUGAUAUCACACGAUCUGUUCUGACAGAACCAAGUAAAUCUUCACGUUAUUCUAUUGAUCCGUUAUCCCUUGAUUAUGGAAAUGUAAACGUUCCUACAACUGUGUUUGAUACUAGGUACGAAGACAUUGAAAUAAAAAAUUAUUCAAAGAAUAAGUAUCUGAUGGUUAUUGUUCACACCCCAAAUAAUCCAAAAUACGUUUUCCAUUUUGACACACAAGUAACAAUAUUAAGACCACGUCAAUCAACUACAAUCACCUCAUAUAUGACUUUACAUUGUACUACAAAAAUUAUGGGAAUGAAAAUACCAUAUACAGUAUGGUUCAGCAAACAUAGUAAAACAUUAUUAAAAAUUGCUAGUCUGUUAAAAGACAAAACAUUUGAAGUAUGGACUGAUGAAGACAAAGAAGAACUUGAACGAUUAAUGAAAGAUGUUCCUCGAAAGUACCGUUAUUGUUUUGAAAUUAAAACUGCAGCUGCAUCAUCUACUCAUAUAGAUAUGGAUGAACUACACCUUAGGGAACAACCAAUUGCUGAAGGAGCAUCAGGAACGGUUUAUGUAGGUAAAUAUAAAAGUAUUACUGUAGCAGUAAAAAAAUUUAGAUGGGAAAAUUUAUCAGCAGAUGAUAGAGAUGCACUAAAAAAAGAUGUUAUUCAUGAAUGUGAAUUAAUGAGUAAAUUACGUAAUCCAUAUAUUGCUAAUUAUAUGGGAUCAGUUACUUAUAUUCCACAAAUCUCAAUGGUUAUUCAAUAUUUCCAAUUAGGGUCAUUAGGUGAUUACAUUCGUCAUGAAAAACCUGAAGAUGUUGUAUUACCUUAUAAAUUGAAAAUGAGAAUGCUUCUUGAUUGUGCUAAAGGAAUGGUAUUUUUACAUGAGAAUAAAAUUGUACAUCUUGACCUUAAACCUGAUAAUUUAUUAGUUAAUUCUUUAUAUGCCGAAUCAAGUAGUUGUGUUGUAAAAAUUACUGACUUUGGUACUUCAAGAAUUAUUAAAAAGAAGAGUUCUUGUGAUAACGAAAAUAAAGGUCUUGGUACCCCAUUAUAUCUUUCACCUGAAGCAUACGAUGAUGUUUAUUCUUUUGAAGGUGAUGUAUUUUCUUUUGCUGUUAUGGCAUGGGAAUUAUUUUAUGCAACUGAGCCAUAUAAAGAAUGUAAGUCCUUGUUUGAAAUUAAAGAUUUUGUAAAGAGUGGAAAACGACUUCCAUUUGAUAACACUAUCCCUACUUGCUUGAAAACUCUUAUUGAUGAAUGUUGGAAACAAAAACCAGAUGAACGACCUAAGUUUGGAGAUAUUUGUAAAGAAAUGUACAAAAUAGUAGGAGAUGCUCCUAAUCAUCCUGAAUUUGAUGCUAAUGUUUCAAUGGAAAGAAUCGAAGAAAUAAUCAAUGAAAAAUCUGCACGUGUUAAUGAAUUACUUGCAGACCAAGACACUGACUAA